AUGGCGAACACUCAUAACGGGCCGCAGGGCGAUCUGCCUAUCGAAAUCCUCCAAGCUCUCUCGCAAAAUUCGCCAAUUCUUUCUUCGGAGGCGUUCCCUUCAUACAAGUCAACGGAAGUGAAGGGAGCAUUAGAUCGAUUGGGCUCGCGGUCCAUGGUCACUUAUGACACUAUCGAACGAGAGGAACCCCUGCUGGAACCUGAAGCCGUGGGAAUAGCAGCGAAUGGCAGUCAUGAAGCUCGGGUUUUUGAAGCAUUGCACAAGGCAAUGGACGGGCUCACGGUGUCGGAGCUCGAGGCUGCUGUUGGAGACAAGAAUGUGGUGAAGGUUGGCCAGGGCAAAGCUUUCAAAUCAAAAUGGAUUGCCAAAGGCAAGGAAGGUCGUCUGGUAGCCUCUACCGAUUCGAUACAGGAUACAACUCGAGAGCAGCUAGAGAUCAUCCAAAAGACGAGCACGCAUCCCGACCCAAAAGUUAUUACAGACUUGAAAAAGCGGAAGCUUAUCAAAAUGCAAAAGCUCAUAAGCUUCAAAAUACAGAAAGGACCAAAGUUCGCCCUCGAAAUUGCGAAGGAAGAGACAGACUUGACAGCUGAUAUGAUUGCUUCGGGUGCCUGGAAGAGCGCCAGUUUCAAGCCUUACAACUUCAAUGCCCUUGGAGCAGAUCAAAACGCCGGAGCUUUGCAUCCCCUUAACAAAGUUAGACAAGAGUUCCGUCAAAUUUUCUUCGAGAUGGGGUUUGAGGAGAUGCCAACCAAUAAAUUUGUUGAGACUGGUUUCUGGAACUUCGAUGCCCUUUUCGUUCCACAACAACAUCCCGCUCGGGAUCUCCAAGAUACCUUCUACAUUUCAGAUCCGAAGAUAGGCGAUAAACCCCAUGCAGAGGAUGAGAAUGACAAGGCAGAUUACGACUCGUACUUGAAGAAUGUACAAGAGGUGCACCAAAACGGCAAGUACGGAAGCAUAGGUUAUAGAUACCCUUGGGGUGAAGAGGAGGCAUUACGGCUGGUUCUUCGAACACACACCACUUCCGUAUCAACUGCAAUGCUCCACAAGCUUGCGUCGCAAAAAGGGCCAGAUGGUCGGCCACCUCCUGCUCGCUAUUUCUCUAUUGAUCGAGUUUUCCGUAAUGAAACACUCGAUAUGACUCAUCUUGCGGAAUUCCAUCAAGUUGAGGGUGUCAUUGCGGAUUAUGGCCUAUCACUAGGCGGUCUGAUGGAGUUCAUGGAGAUCUUCUUCAAAAAGAUGGGUCUUGAGGGUCUACGCUUCAAGCCGGCUUAUAACCCCUACACCGAGCCAAGUAUGGAGAUCUUUUCCUACCAUAAGGGACUGAACAAGCUAGUCGAGAUCGGAAACAGCGGGAUGUUCAGACCGGAGAUGUUGGAGGCCCUGGGCUUGCCAAAGGAUAUGCGAGUCUUUGGCUGGGGUCUGAGUCUAGAGAGGCCGACGAUGAUCAAGUACAAGGUUAACAAUAUUCGGGAGUUGCUGGGACACAAGGUAGAUCUGUCUUUCAUCGAGAGAAACCCUGCUGUAAGACUAGAGAAGACAUAG